AUGCACGAAAAAGAGAGCUUCAGCUUCGAGGCGUGUGAGCAGACCGCGGACUGGCUCCUGUCCCACACCCGGCAGCGGCCCCGCGUCGCCGUCAUCUGCGGCUCAGGGCUGGGCCUGCUGGCCGACACCCUGCAAAGUCCGGAGGCUUUCGGCUACUCGGAGAUCCCCAACUUCCCCAGCAGCACAGUGGCAGGCCACGCCGGGCAGCUGGUCUUCGGGGAGCUGCAGGGAAAGCCAUGCGUCUGCAUGAAGGGGCGUUUCCACAUGUACGAGGGGCACCCGCUCUGGAAGGUUACGUUCCCCGUCCGAGUCUUCAAGCUGUUGGGCGUGGAGACCCUGCUGGUCACCAACGCUGCGGGGGGCCUGGCGGAGAACUACAGCCCCGGGGACAUCAUGGUCAUCCGGGACCACGUCAACCUGCCGGGCCUGGCCGGACUGAACCCGCUGCUGGGGCCCAACGAGGAGCGGUUUGGGCCCCGCUUCCCCGCCCUCUCCGAUGCCUACGACAAGGAGCUGCGUGCGCGGGCGCUGGAGAUCUCCGAGCAGCUCGGCUACUCGGCCUUCGUCAGGGAGGGCGUGUACUGCAUGGUGGGGGGCCCCAACUUCGAGUCCGUGGCUGAGGCCAGGAUGCUGCGGGCACUGGGGGUCGAUGCUGUCGGCAUGAGCACGGCCCCCGAGGUGGUCGUGGCCAAGCACUGCGGGCUGCGUGUCUUCGGCCUCUCGCUGAUCACCAACACGGUGGUGCGGGACUACGACAGCAAGGACAGCGCCAGCCACGAGGCCGUGCUGGAGGCCAGCCAGGCGCGGGCUGCUGCCCUGCAGACGCUCAUCACGGAGCUGGUGGGCAGCAUCGAGCCCUGA